AAUGUCAGAUUCAGAAGCUCCCCGGCGACAUCCAAUACCACCCGAAGUCGAGAAAGCGACGAAAAUCGCCCACAAUGUCGCCCUCGUCGCCCUUGUAGCAUGUCCGCUACUCGCGGUGCUUCCACCUCGCAAAUUGGACCUCUACACAUUCACACUAUUCGGACUGACAGGAUUCUCCGCGAACCAUCUGAUACAAGAAUCGAGCGGGAGAUCAAUAUGGCAACACGUUGUACGGCAGCAAAGGCAGCCAAUGGCGGUGGAGGCUUCAUCGCAGGGUAGUCCGGUCCUUAGCGAGGUGCAAAAGCAGGCGAGGGAGUCAGCUGCAGACGAUGCUCGUGCAUUGCAGAGCCAACGUGAAGCAUGGAAGGUUCAGCGGGAGAAAGAGAUCAAAGAAGAUGUCGAGGAGGGCAAAGGAUUCGGGGACAUGAUCAUGGACCAGAUUUGGGAAGUGUGGAAUCAAGGCAAGGUCAAGGAAGAGGAAGAUGAGGAUUGAAGGAGCACUGUGCUGUCAUGCAUAU